CACAAAGAAGAUAAUUUUUCUUGAAUGAGAAGGGUGCACAGGAGCGUUGUUUGUCACCUUCAGCCAGAAUGUUGUCUCACAUCUGCCUGACCUGGCUUCUCCUGCUGCUGCUCACAGGCUCCACAGUAUCAGAAUUAAUUGUGAUAGGAGAGGUGGGGCAGGACAUCACUGUGCCCUGCGGCUACAGUGUCCAGAACAGAAACAGUAUCACAUCCAUGUGCUGGGGCCGGGGCAGCUGCCCCAAUUCAAAGUGUUCCCAGCCCAUUAUCUGGACAGAUGGCUGGAGGGUGACACAGCAGCACAGCAGCAGGUACCAGCUGAAAGGGGACCUGCACAGGGGGGAUGUGUCCCUGACAAUUGUGGACGCCAGGGAAUCAGACUCUGGGACCUACUGCUGCCGUGUGGAGAUCCCAGGGUGGUUCAAUGAUCAACUGAUUCAUCGCAAGGUUGUGGUGAAGAAAGCAAGGAUCUCUACUGCAAGUCCUCACACUUACACCUCUGAACAGACCUCAGGUCCUGGCAGCACCAGGGAAUCCUCCUUCACUGGCACAAGGACCUGGCCAUCGGUUUCUGCUUCAGAAGCUCCUCAGACUGCCUCUACUCCCUGCUCAGGCCCCUCAGACUGCCUGGAUGUGGCUGCAAACCUGCAGCAGCAUGUCAAAUCUGGAAAUGGAGAAAUGAGACUUCAGUAGGACUCACUCAGCUCAGGAAAGGAUAAGAUCUGGUUUCCUAUUCUUCCACUCACUGCCCUGGUGUCUCCAUCAGCCAGAAUGUCCCAUUUUGUGCUGUUUUACUGGAUGGUGAUACAGAUCUUUAUGGCACCCACGGUGUCUGACACCGUUGUCCGAGGGACAGAGGGACAGCCCGUGACCCUGCCCUGCUCCUACCGCGUGGCGCGGCGCAAGGACAUCUCCGACAUGUGCUGGGGCAGAGGCCCCUGCCCCAGCUCCAAGUGCACCAACAAAAUCCUGCACACCAGUGGCACCAAGGUGACGUUCAGGGCGUCUCAGAGGUACAGCCUGCGCGGGUUUGUCGCCUUUGGGGACGUGUCCCUGACCAUCGGGGCGGCCGGGGCGGAGGACGCGGGCGUGUACUGCUGCCGCGUGGAGAUCCCCGGCCUCUUCAACGACAUCAAACGCAACAUUCGGCUGCAGGUGGCCAGAGCCCCUCCAGUGACCACCACCACCACAGAAGCUCCUGUUUUCUCCAAAUAUUUUACAGAAACAACUUCUGCCCCUCAAGCAACCUCUGAUCUCCUGCCAACACCAGAGACUACAGUCCUGCUGACAACCAGCCCCCUUCCACCAGCAACCACAGCCCCCCGGUCUCCAGCAGUAACUACAGGGGACACCUCUGCUCCCCCAACCAUUGCUGGGACAGAAAAUGAUAUUUUUCCUGUGACUGUGGUGGAAAUGAGUGCUCCCCCAGAUUUUCCAGCCACUUCCCAAGCAGCUGAUGUGACAACUGAAGAUGACAUGUUCUGCUCCACGCUCCCUGGAAGCACAGAGGUGACCACUGAAUUGCCAGGUACACUUCCAGCUGCAGAGGAAACCACCACCUCUGUCCUGAUGGAAGAGCUGUCAGUCAGGGAGCUUUCAGCAAAUUCCGAUGGCAAUGCUGGGAAAUAUGAAGAUAGAGGAGAUGAGGCAAAACUUCCUUUUCCCAGCUCUGCCAUUGUCAUUGCCUGUGUCAUAGCGGGGUCCAUCCUUUUGGGCUUGUUGGUUUGGAAACGUAAACAGACAAAGAAGUUUAUAGUAAAAAGUGUUGGACCACCAGAAGAGACUGACAAAGUUUUCAGUGGUGCUGAAGGAGAAAACAACAUUUUUUCCCUGUGAAGAGCUCCUACAUCACCUGCAGAUGCCAUGGGAAAUAAAAAGGGCCUGAUCCAUGCUGCACUGAGAGAUACUUGUGAGCCCUCGAAAUAUCAGCGGGUAAAAAACAAAGGCCAAAGCUCCCACCAUGAAAAUUUAAAAUCUUUGUGCAAAUUUUCCCACAUCACCCUUAAAACUCACUGCAUAAAGAAGCUUAUUUGAGAAGGGUCUUUAUGCAUUAUUCAUGGAUGCUUCUGGCAUCUGCCUUCUUACUAGCACCACGUUGCACAAUUGAAUUUGUUUUUCUCCAUUUUUACUAAUGCUCUUCCUUGAAUACAACUUGUACUCUGAGGAGCAGAAGAGAUCACAUGGAAGGCUGCCUAUCUUCAAAUUGCCAUAAAGAAAG